GGUGGUGUCUUUGGGCCUCCCAGAGGCGGAGCUGUGAGAGCCUGUGAUUUGUCAGGGAAAUCUCAGCCAUCUGCUGCCUCAUGCAAAUAGACCCAUGUACCCCAUCACCACCACCACAGCUGCUCCUUGGGCCUCCAACGCUAAGCCCUGUCAUCUCUCCCUGAGUGUGGGUGUGAGAGGGUAGCCUGAUCCCUCUGGCUCCUACCUUCACAGUCCAGUAAGACCCCAGGAGACGUGGGCAUGUGAGCAAGACAGACCCCCAGCCUAGCAGGACACAGGGCUCCAUUCUUUAUGUAGUCCCUUCUUUGCCCACAAGGCAGGGGCACAUUGUCCAGCUUCCCCUGGAUCCCCUCUCAACUCCCCCAACUAGGAUCAGGCCCAGGGGCAGCUGGUUGGGGCUUGUCGAGAAAAAGGAUUAUCCAGAUCAGCCCCUUCUAAUCUCACUGUCUGCCUGUACCCUCUCCCCGCACAGCCCUCAAUGAGGGAACAUGGUUUGGGGUGUUGACAACAGGGUCAUCUAUCACCUGUCUGUCCCUGCUCCUGGCCUGUUUGCUGAACAGACCUGCACUGCCAAGAUCAUGAGCACAAGUUAGGGCUAAGGCUGGGGCCUCUGGCGCUGUGGCUGCCCCUCUCUCUUGUUCUGUUCUUCGCCCCAAACCCAACCAGUAAUCCUCACAGCUUUUCUCUGAUCCGUGGGCCUGAUGCUCUUAUCUCUGCUGGCAGACUGACCAUGGAGGCACCCCUUUUCCCCCCUUCUUGUGGCUGGAUGGGGGUUGCUGCUCUUCCCUGGCUCACAGACCUGCUCCCCACCCCUCCAGGCUGACCCAAGUUUCUGGAAGCCACACACCUCCCUCCCUGGCCUCUCCCCCUGCCAGCUGAUUUCAUUUGCCUGACGUGGUUGUCUCUGGCCUUACCCUUCCCUGGCAGUUUCCCCCCUCCCAGUCGGGGACAGGCCAGGCCAGCUCCUCUGGCAGCAGAGGGGGGCAGGUGACAGGCAGGCAUCGCAGCUGAGAGAGUCAAGAGGCGCCUGGGAAGCGGAAACCUGGGAGAAGUCCAGCUAGAGCCCAAGAGCCAGAGCUACCCCUCGACCUGUGCACCAUGGGGGAGAUGGCGCAGCUGAGGCAGGAAGCGGAGCAGCUCAAGAAGCAGAUCGCUGAUGCCAGGAAAGCCUGUGCGGACAUCACCCUGGCCGAGCUUGUGUCUGGCCUAGAGGUGGUGGGACGAGUCCAGAUGCGAACGCGGAGGACAUUAAGGGGACACCUGGCCAAGAUCUAUGCCAUGCACUGGGCCACUGACUCUAAGCUGCUGGUAAGUGCCUCACAGGAUGGGAAGCUGAUCGUCUGGGACACCUAUACCACUAACAAGGUGCAUGCUAUCCCACUGCGUUCCUCCUGGGUCAUGACCUGUGCCUACGCACCAUCAGGGAACUUUGUGGCAUGUGGGGGGCUGGAUAACAUGUGCUCCAUCUACAGCCUCAAAUCCCGUGAGGGCAACGUUAAGGUCAGCCGGGAACUCUCUGCUCACACAGGUUAUCUCUCCUGUUGUCGCUUCCUGGAUGACAACAACAUUGUGACCAGCUCUGGGGACACCACGUGUGCCUUGUGGGACAUUGAGACGGGGCAGCAGAAGACGGUGUUUGUGGGACACACUGGUGACUGCAUGAGCCUGGCUGUGUCUCCAGACUACAAACUCUUCAUUUCGGGGGCUUGUGAUGCCAGCGCAAAGCUCUGGGAUGUGAGGGAAGGGACCUGCCGCCAGACCUUCACUGGCCACGAAUCAGACAUCAAUGCUAUCUGUAGUUGGAGGUUCAACUCAGAGCUUUUCACAUGGAAGACGAGUGCCUUACCAGCAAGCUACACACUAGGUCCUCAUUCCUGGAUCCUGAGAGUAGAUUAUGCAUAUCAUGACUCUGUGCCCUUUAACUACUCCUUGGAAGACAGAAGAGGGUGUUGGAUUCCCUGGAACUGUUGGAGUCACAGUUAUGAGCUGAAUGUGGGUACUGGGACCCAACUGAACUUGGGUCCUCUGCAAGAGCAAGUGCUCUUAGCUGCUAGGCUGUCUUUCCAGCCCUAAAUCAGAAGUUAAAAAAAAAAAAUACCCCCUAAGACAAGGUCUCUCUAUAGCUCUGACUGGGUUGGAAGUUGGAAUUUGCUAUGUAGACCUGGCAAGCCUCACACUCAGAGAUCUGUCAGCCUCUACCUCCCAAGUGCUGGGUUAAAAGUGUGUUCCACCACUGCCCAGCUCAUACGUUUUAUUUCUGUCAUGCUAGAGAAUAAGCCCAGGCUGAGCCUAAUAAGUUGUAUCUCCCUCCCUUAUUUCAGCAUUUGAGAAAAUCUCACUGAGUUGACUGGGCUUGACCAGAACCCACUUUAUACCUCAGGCAGGCCUUGGGCUUCAAUCUCCUGCCUCAGCCUUCUGAGUGCUAGGGACUUGAGGCAAUUCUCCUGUAUCAGCCUCCCAAGCACUAAGAUUACAGGUGUAAGUUUUAUUAUUGUGUAUGAGAGUUUUGUCUGCACAUAUGUCUGCAUACCACAUACAAGCCUGGCUCCCGUGGAGGUUAAGGUGUCAGGGUCCCCUGGAACUGGAGUUACGGAUGGUGUCAGCCACCAUGUGGAUGCUGGGAACUGAACCUGGGUCCUCGAAAGAGCAGCCAAUGCUCUUAACUCCUGAGCCACCUCCCCAAUCCUAGUAUAAUUUGUAAAACCAGGAAAUACAACAUUUACAGAAUACUGCUCAUUCUCAAAUUUAGCCAGUUAUCUUAUAAGUGUCCUUACUGGCAAUGUUUUUCUAUCCAGAAUCCAAUCCAGAAACGUGCACAUCCUUGUCAUGUCUUUUGUCUCUAAAUAGAGCCAUUUUUCUACUUUUCUGGGGUCUAUGACAUUAUUUUGAUAAGGACAUGCCAGUUUUCUGUAAUUUCCCUCCAAGUAUACCUGUUAUUCUUCCUGUUAUAUGCUUGGACCAGUCACAGAAGUCUGAUCUCUUAGUUGUGUGUUCCUGGGAAGCCUUGGUGCUCCUGCCUGCAGCAUGGCAAUGGCGCCUGCCUACAGUGCUGGAGUCGGGCAGAGGGAGCCACGCCAACACAACAGUGAACAGCCAUGCCCAGCAGGUUGCUCACUCUCCAAGAAACACACAGGCAGGGAGGCUGAUAGAAGUGGCUUACACUCGCUGUGGGAACCAGGAAGCAGACAGGAAGGUGAGACUGCCCCAUGUCUGAGCCCUGACGGCU